CUUGUUCUUCCUUCUCAUCGAGUCAUUGUUUCCAACCUUUCUUCUCUAGCCUUCCCGUCAUCAAGCCUUUCUUUUCGUUGAGCCAUUUCCUUCGAGCCUUUCCUCUCCCUGUCUGGAACCAUCAUCUUCGUGUCUCGAACCCUAGGAGUCCCUGCCUCCAAUCGUGGCCCCCUGUCCCUGUGUGGUACCCGUGUUCUCCGUCAACGAACCCUCGAUUCACAGUGGAGCCCUAGGACUCCUAUUCUCGUACUCUGAGGUCAAUGCCACCUUCUUUCGGUCUCGGUGAGUCUGUGGAAAAACAAUCGCUUGAGAUUUGGCAGCUGCUAUUGCCUAUUGUGUAUGGUUUUUUAGAAAUUGUGGUGCUAUCUCAAACAUAUGUUCGUACUCUUACUGGUGUAGCUCUUCGUGUUAUUCGUGAUCCUGCUCCUGGUGGAUCAGAUCCAGUAGACAAUUCCCGAAGAGCAUAUACGACUUCUGCUGUGAUUGAGAUGCUUCGGUUUUUUGUGAAGAAUGCAUCCAGAACAAAAUCUAGUUCAAGAAGUAUGGAUCAGAAUAUCUGUUCUUCAGCUAUAUUUGAAAGCCCAGGUUGGUGGGAUGUUGUCAGUGGUCUAGGUAAAGCACUGCAAAAGAAAGGACACCUUGUUGAAAUUGUGCUUCUCAAAUAUGAUUGUAUGCAAUAUGAUCAUGUCUGCAACUUACGGGCUCCUCUGUACUGGGAGAUAUUUGUACAUAAAGGAUUAAAUUCAGCUAGGAUAUGCUUACAUGCCACAACUUUNAGUAUCAGGGGACUGCANCANCUUCANAGUUAGACUAAUGGGUCUUGUUAGCGAGAAUCUAAAANAAUCAGAUAAAAUGUGGGACAACUCAGCACAUGAUAGAGUUAAUUCUAAGGUAAGGUCAUAAAAUUAUUACCAAUCAUAUUAUAUAUCUGCAGUAAAUAUAAGUAAUAGAUUUUCCUUUCAUGAUCAGGGUGGGAUUGUUUUNUCAAACAUUGUGACAAUAGUUUCACCUCUUUCACGACCUUACCUUAUAAUUUCUUUCAAUUUGAUACACAAAAAUUUUGUAUAUUAUUUAACAAUUGAUAUAGACACUAACUUAUAAUAUUUUAUAUAUUAUUGCUUUGACAUGAUUUUACUUCCUUUUAUUGUCAUGUAAAUUAUUUUUGGACCAUUUUACAGCUCCUAACAUUAAUAACCCCCAUGUGAAAAAACAAACACACCAGGCUCCAUGCCUUC